AUGAAAUUUGUAAUAUUUCUUUUGAUUCUAAUUCCUAUUACCUCCCCCUACAACAUUCUAGUCUUCUGCCCACUAUUCGGUCACAGUCACUCCACAUUUUUCGGGCGGUUAGCAGAUAUUCUGACAGAAGCGGGACACAAUGUUACCAUGUUCACACCGACUAUUGUCGAUGAGUUCCGCAAUUUUUCGUAUACCAAAUUGACAAAGGAUGUGGUGUAUUUGGAUCCAAGCCCAAAACUAAAAGCAAUCGGAGACUUGAUCGCUGGAAACGGGCGGUAUUGGAGUCAAGAAUUUUCUCUCCUUGAAAUUCCCCAAUCUUCUCGAUUCUUCCAAUCAGUUGCUAACGAGCAACACAAUGUUCUCUCUGAAAAUCUUCCCCUUCUUGAUAAGUUGAAGAAGAAAAAUUUUGAUCUGAUUCUAUUUGAGACCAUUUUUACCUGCGCGAUACCUCUAAUGGAUUAUCUAGAAAUCAAGGCGUUCGCUGUGGCGCAGUCGAUUGCUUUCGAGUCAUCAAACCUCCUUACCCCAUCAUCUGACCGUAUGAGUCUUUACGAGAGACUUCUCAAUACAGUAACCCAAACCCUCCAAACUUUCUAUAAAUUUUCUCCAGAAUACUAUACCUCCUAUAGUAACCCAGAAGAGAGAGUUUAUCCAUUGCUACGACUCCCCGAUGCAUCUUUUGUAUUCACCAACUCCAAUCCUUAUCUAGACUUCCCACGUGCCACGAUUGCGAAAAAUAUUCAAAUCGGAGGGAUCUCGGUGUCAAUGGAGACAGGGAAGGUAGAAAAAGAAUGGGAUCACAUUUUGAAUUUACGAAACAAGAAUGUUCUAAUUUCUUUCGGAUCAGUGACUCUAUCAAAGGACAUGACAUUCGAGUCAAAACUCUCCUUGGCACGAGCAAUGAAACAAUUCCCUGACGUAACAUUUAUAUGGAAAUAUGAAGACAGUGAUACCGAUAAGUUUGCAGAGGGGAUUCAGAAUAUACACUUUUCGAAAUGGGUCCCACAGAGGGAGCUUCUGACCGACGCGCGUCUAUCCGCUUUCAUGACUCAUGGAGGUCUGGGAAGUGUUAAUGAAGUUAGCUAUAUGGGCAAGCCUUCUAUAAUGUGUCCAAUAAUGGGGGAUCAAAUGAGAAAUGCGAAAAUGUUGGUGAGACACAAUGGAUCGAUUGAGAUAUCUAAAUAUGACUUAGGAAAUAGUGAGCUGGUGGAGGAGGUGAUAAGGAAGAUUCUUUAUGAUGAAAGUUACAAAAUAGCUGCUCAACGGUUAUCUGAUCACUUGAGGAAUCAACCGAUCUCUCCAAAAGAACUAUUUCUGAAGCAUACCGAGUUUGCUGCCAGAUUUGGAAAAUUGCCGUCGUUGGAUCCAUAUUCUCGACGAAUGGGAUUUCUGGAAUAUUUUAUGAUUGAUUUAGUUCUCAUGGUUACUAUUAUGGUGGUUAUUUUGAGUAUUUUCUUGUAUUUUUUAUUGAAAAUCAACUUCUCGAUGACUUCAUUGAAAAUCAAGUAUUUUAUCAAGAGUUUCCUUAGAACCAGUCGACGUUCCCAAUACAAACUGCAGUUGUAUAUUAAUAAAGAGCCAACAGUCUCAAUCAAAGGGUCUGAAAUAUACUUUGAUUUUAAAGUGACAUCCGAUAAAACGAAGGAUGGAUUGAGAGUAUACAAAGAGUGUCUGAUGGAUGAGAAGUUUGACACAUUCUGGAUUUACUCGGAAGACUUGUUAGAUAGCUGGAUGAAAGUGGUCAAAACUGUAAUAGAGAUUUUCAAGUUUAUAGGGCACAGUGUUAUCUUUGAUGUCGACCAAUUUCCAACUAGAAACAAGUCGAUUAUUGAUUUUAUAAAGUCUCAAACUCCUUCGAUUGAUUCCUGCGAGUUCCAUGGAAACCCUGAAACGGACGAAGACGUUGAGUACUUCUUUCAAAAUAUUAUCGUAACUGAGUUUGUGGGGAUACUUCUAGAACUUAGUGAUCAUUUCAAGUUUCCACAAAUCAACUUUCUAGACAUUUGUACUCUUAAUCCUGCAAACUGGUUAUCAUUUAAUCAGUUACUUCACUUCAAUGGUUCUCAUUUGUGCAUCCAAGGUUCUCCAUUAACAAACCAUGAACUGAACCAAUUUUUAAUUCUUUGGAUGACGUCUCAAUGUCAUCAGAAUCUGAGAUUUCUUACAAUAAACAUCAAUGAUCCUGAAUCACUCGAAACCAUUUUUAAUUUACCGUUCGAGAAAAUGAAUCCUGAUGUUGAACGAAUCGGCAGACUACCGAACAACGACACUAUUUCAUUGAAAGGGGGCAUCGAUAUCAAGAGAAACGACGCGAUGACUGGAACGAUUCAUUUCGAUCAGAGACUGGAUAAAAUGUUUCUGCAAAUGAUGGUUUCUCGGAUUGAAUGA